UUCACAGAGAUGUAAUGCUGGAGACCUAUAGCAACCUAAUGUCCUUGGGGCACUGUGUUCCUAAACCUGAAUUGAUUGUGAAGCUGGAGCAAGGUGCAGAACCAUGGAUAAGAGAAGCCUCAGACAAGAAUUUCACAGAUGUCCCAGAAAUGGAGGAUGUGAUUAGCACCUGUCAGGAAAGUCACCAUAAAUAUCUCUCUGAAGUAGCAGUCAUGAAUAGUAACCCAGGGGAGGAAAAAGUGAGACUUAUAAGAAAUUUUCAUUUGAGCUCCAUACAGAAGUCAGAAUUGAUUAAGAAUAAUGCAAACUCCUUAGGGAUGAGGAUAGAAAAGGUCACUGGCUGUCAGAACAUGGGUGUUUUCAGUGAACCUGGUAAGAUGUGUGCUGCAUAUAGUCCUCAUGUGUCUUCUGUAGUUGAAGAAUGUAAAGAGUGUGAAAAGUCUUUCACUGAGAAGAACCACCCUAUUGUCCCUCAGAGAACACACACAGGAGAGAAACCUUAUGAAUGUAACAUGUGUCGAAAGUCUUUCACCCAGAAAUCAAAGCUUACUGUCCACCAGAGAACACACACAAAAGAGAAACCUUUUGAAUGUAACAUUUGUGGAAAAUCUUUCACAUGCAAGGCAUAUCUUACUAGACACCAGAGAAUACACACAGGAGAGAAAAUUUAUGAAUGUAACUUGUGUGGAAAGUCCUUCACCCGGAAGUCAACUCUCACUGUCCAUCAGAUAAUACAUAUAGGAAAGAAACCUUUUGAGUGUAACAUGUGUGGAAAGUCUUUCAUCCAGAAAUCAAAGCUUACUGUUCACCAGAGAACACACACAAAAGAGAAACCUUUUGAAUGUAACAUUUGUGGAAAGUCUUUCUCCUGCAAGGCAUAUCUUACUAGCCACCAGAGAACACACACAGGAGAGAAACCUUAUGAAUGUAACGUGUGUGGAAAGUCUUUCGCCAAGACGGCAUACCUUACUCUCCACCAGAGAACACAUACUAGAGAGAAACCUUAUGAAUGUAACGUAUGUGGAAAGUCUUUCAUCAAGAAAUCAAAGCUUACUCUCCACCAGAGAACACACACAGGAGAGAGACCUUAUGAAUGUAACCUGUGUAGAAAGUGUUUCACCCAGAAAUCACAGCUUACUAGCCACCAGAGAACACACACAAAAGAGAAACUUUUUGAUUGUAACAUUUGCGGAAAGUCGUUCGCAUGCAAGGAAUAUCUUACUAGCCACCAGAGAACACACACAGGAGAGAAAAUUUAUGAAUGUAACUUUUGUGGAAAGUCCUUCACCUGGAAUUCAACCCUCACUGUCCAUCAGAUAACACACACAGGAAAGAAACCUUAUGAAUGUAAUGUGUGUGGAAGGUCUUUCAUCCAGAAAUCAAAGCUUACAGUUCACCAGAGAACACACACAAAAGAGAAUCCUUUUGAAUGUAACAUUUGUGGAAAGUCUUUCACCUGCAAGGCAUAUCUUAGUAGCCACCAGAGAACACACACAGGAGAGAAACCUUAUGGAUGUAACAUAUGUGGAAAGUCUUUCACCAAGAAGUCAUACCUUACCGGCCACCAGACAACACACACAAGAGAGAAAACUUAUGAAUGUAACAUGUGCGGAAAGGCUUUCCCCUGGAAGUCAAGCCUCAUUGUCCAUCAGAAAACACACAGGAAAGAAAACUUAUGAAUGUCAUUUGUGUGGAAAGAUUUUCAGCCAGAAGCUACACCUUACAGUCCACCAGAGAGCACACACAGGAGAGAAAUUUUAUGAAUGUAAGCUAUGUGGAAAGUCUUUCGACCAGAACUUACACCUUUCUGUCCAUCAGAAAAAAAACCCACCAGAGAGAAAUGUUAUGUAUGUAGCAGGCAUGGAAAUUCUUUCACCUGGAAGGAACACUUUAACAUCCAUCACAGAACACAAGGAGAGAAACCUUAUGAA